AUGCCGUCGUCGUACAAAAGAGCAGGCAAGACUGCUCCGCGAUUUCUCGCUGAUAUCAACCUAUAUGAUCCGGUCCAUCUCCCCACCUCAGGUCGUAACCUACUCGUCGAUGUCCCCCCCGUAUUUCCGGACGGAUACGAUGGCCCUCCCGAAUGGCUCUCGCCUUCCGCUUGCAAUCACGUGUACAACACGAAGCCCAACCAGACCCUCGUCAUCCCACCGGAUCAAAGACAAGGUCGAGGAGCCCACUCGAAAGUCUGCGCAAUUUGUUCGAAGUGUCGAUUGCAUACACAGGUAGUGGUCAACUAUCCAGGCAACGUAGCGCCUACGUCCACCCAUCUGCAUCACCUCGUUUACCAGUCCAGCAGCCAUGCAAAUGGUACAGUCACGCCGAAAGGACAAAGUUUAGAAACCCACUAUUACCGAUGCUCCUAUACGGCAUGCGGCAUUACUGCUUCAGUGCAGAUUUCGUCCCCUGUUCUGAACCCUGAUUUCCUUCAGCUUUUGACGGACGUGGAGGUGGUCAACGAGCGUGCAGACGAAGCAAUAGCGGCCCAUCCGGAGCGUCUGGAGGGCAUCGCACGACCUCAACCUAUAACUGUACUUGAUAAUCUGCGCACAUAUCUCCGGAAUUCGCUCCAGGACCCGCAACGUAGCAAACCGAUUUCAGCUGUCAACAAACGAUUCGUGGUUUGCUUUGGUGUUGAUGGGAAACCUUGCAAAGACCUGUUGGAAUUUCUAGAGUUUUCAUACCGGGAUGAGGGCUUUUGGGAUCCCCCAAAUCCCAAUACAGCUGAGGAUCUGCCCUUCCAGAACGAGCUCAACAUAUUCAUUGAUAACGUCAUACAUGAACUAUCCAUAUUGAUCGAACAACGACCUGUGGCGGAGAAGAAGACCCCUUAUGCUCUGAACUAUUCGACAUCCCCAGCAAGCAUCGACUUCCUCCUUGCUCUUGAAGCUGCCAACUAUGCGAGAUCGACACGACUCAUUGAGUUUGAAAUGCCCGCACAACCUGCUUACGAAGAUCUUGGCACCUUGGAAGAUAUGGCAUCCGACCUCAUAAUCGAAGCGUAUCACCGUCAAGUAGCAGUUGAUCCAGAACGCGGCCCACAUUACCUUGAAUGCUUGAAUUCUAUUGCUCAAUGGCGAGGUGGUCCAGAUCGUGAUACAAUCAAUGAGGCUGUGGUAACCGCAUAUAGCAAAGGGGCAUAUACAACGCACGACAUCUUGAAAGCUUAUGAAUACUUCGGACUUAGCCCAAAUGACACAUCUCUCACAGAAGAAGUCAUUGUUGGCAGGUUUCACGCAUAUCUGAGCUCUACUACGCAGGAGACUGAGGCUCGGCAACAACUGUGGCGAAUAGGCGAUGCUAGGAAAAGCGAACGAAUCAAGUCUGCCGCUGAGGAUCGGAUAUCAACUGCUGAGCAGGCCCUCGUCUAUCUCGGAGUUGAAGAGAAUACGCCUGACGAUUUUGUCAUCACAAUGUUCACAACCAAAGUGAAUGAUAGCCCUAGUAGCAAAGAAAUAUCGGAGAAAGCUCUGUCGCUUAUAGCAGAAAAACGAAAUUCGGAAACCCUAAGGCAUUUCCUUAAGACAGGCGAAACCGGAGCAGGCGAAAUGGACGUCGGAGAUGCUUAUCGUCUCCUUCAAAUACCCGACCGCACCGUUGGCGAUGAUGCUAUUCUCGCUGCGUACACGAUCUGCGUAGAUGAAGCUCCGACGCAAGUCGAAACUUAUACGCGUGCCCUGACUAUCAUCGCAAGAGAAAAGGACAGCCCCAUGCUAAGUAGCUUCGUCUCGGGAUCUACGACUCAUAGCGAUCGAAAUUUGUCCGAAUGGCCGGUUGGCCUUCAGAAUAUAGGUAACACUUGCUAUCUGAACAGCUUGCUCCAGUUCUACUUCACAGUGCGUCCUUAUCGAGAGAUGGUAUUGGAUUUUGAGAACAACAAAACGGAUUUAGAUGAGGAAUCCUUGCGCCAGAAAAAAGUUGGAUCUCGUAAAGUCUCGAGGCUAGAAGUCGAGAGGUCUCAGAAAUUUCUCCGCGAGCUUCGUGGACUGUUCCACAACAUGAUAACAACCCCCCGAGGGUUUGUUCGACCUGAACAGGAACUGGCUAGGCCUUUUGGUUUGGGUGAGAUUAACGGUGCGCCAGUAGCAGGGCCACUGGGACCACCUGAAUCCUUGAAAUCUUGCGAAAAGGAGGAUGUCGUCGAUCAUAUUGCCAUCCCGGCUAAAGAAAAUCCCGUCAAAGAUCCGCAAGUCAGUGACAUUGACAGUGAAGCUACUCUCGUUUCCGAGCAUGAGGAAAAUCAGCCGCUUCCUGUACAUGCAGCAUCGGACGUCUCAGGCAAUUCAGAGAAGAUUACAAGCACUCCUUCUCAGCCGCAGACCGUGACGAAGGAUGACCCACCGAGUAGACCGCCCCCAGAACCGCCACGACCUGCGGAAGCAGACCGUAAAAGGCAAUUGAUAGAGGAGGUGGAAUUGGGAGCCCAACAAGAUGUUACGGAAGUCAUCAACAACGUCUUAUUUCAAAGCGAGUGUGCUAUUAGACCACGAGGCAUCGCCCCGGAUGGCGAGCAGCUUGACCAAAUCAAAGACUUGUUCUAUGGCAAGACAAAGUCCUACAUUACAGCACAAAAUGGGACUCGCUCGAAAGAGGAACUUUGGUCUGACAUCAAAGUUGAUGUUGCGACGGGCUCACGGGACAUAUACUCGGCUAUCGACGGCGCUUUCGACAUGCAAGAGGUAUCUGUAGAUGAUUCUCUUGUUGAACAAUUCGGUGCCAUAAGCAAGCUGCCGCCGAUACUGCAAAUCCAGGUGCAAAGAGUCCAGUUCGAUCCCGUCAAAAAGUCAUCUUUCAAAUCCACACACCACUUGGACCUCAAGGAGACGAUUUACCUCGACCGUUAUAUGGACACUCAGAAGCAGGAUAUCGUUAACCGACGCAGAGAUUGCUGGGCUUGGAAGCGAAAGCUUGUUAGUCUACAGAACCGCAAAGCUGAACUAUUGCGGUUAAACGAUAAUGACGGACAAAAUAUGCCUGCGCUUUUCAAGAAUGCUUCCAACCUUCUUACCGAGCUCGCUGCAAUAGAUUCAACCGAGGAGGGUGCUGGCGACACUUCCGGCAUCAAUGCGGAACUUGCAGCUGAAAUGGAAAAGCUGUCACAGAUAACACAAGCCGAGCUAGCUCAUAUCGAACAGGAAACGAAGGAUAUCGAAGGCAUGAUUUCGACCAGUUUCAACGAUUACACGAAAUUGGCAUAUCGGCUUUACGCAGUCUUUAUGCACCAGGGGUCUGUGGAGUUUGGGCACUAUUACAUCUACAUCUACGACUUCAAGAAAGAUGUGUGGCGUAAAUAUAAUGACAACGAUAUCACAGAGGUCAAAGAUACUGCAGAGAUAUUUCGAAACCCUAAUCGCGCCAAUCCUCCAACGCCAUAUUUCCUGGUCUAUGUAAACGCAGCUAUGAAGGAUCGGUUGGUGGAACCAGUCUGCCGAGAGAUUCCUUCGGAAGGAAGUACGGCUGAGAACACCGCUACAACCGUGGUUCCACAGACAGACGGGCCUAUGGAUGUAGAUGUGGAUACUGAAAUGAAGCCACCGUCCUAUUUCGACUUGAAGACAAAGGGCGAGUCAGAAAUCUCGAGCCUUGAUCCCACCUCUCCUCUUUCACCAACAGCUGUUCCAUUGAAACGAAAAGGAUCUGUAGACCAAAUGAGCAUCACCAUGGGAGCUCCCGUCGACGCAUCUUAG